GCACUACUUGAUUUUUUGGUUUAAGAACAGGCAAGAAAAUGGCUGGUGACUCAGUUGAUGCUUCAAAAUUAACCGGUAUGAGCAAAAUUUUCAAUGGACAGACUAUGAGAGGAAGGGCAAAUGUUGCCAUAGCGACAUAUGCUGGUAUUGGAGUUCUAAUUGCCUAUUUUUCACUGAAACCAUCAAAACCCAAGCAACCAAAAGCCUAGUAGUCUAUUCCUUAACGUUACUUACUCUUAUUAUGUACAUGUUGAAUAAAACUUAAAAAUCUC